UUGUUUAGUUCCCAUUGGACACGGAUCGAGUCACCAGCUCAACUCCGAGAGUACCGUGCGUGUGCACAGCCUGGCCUGUGAGGAGUGGUCUGAUCACGCAGCCGACGAAUCCGCAUUUACGUUCGAGUUGCGGACGGAACACCAACGGGAUUUGUCGCUGUCAGCCUUGCCAACGACGACGUGACAUCCGCUUUUUUAUACAUACAUCCGCCGAUAUAUAUCCGCUAAACGACCACUUUGCUCUCGCCCGUGUCUCACAGCAGCUCCCUCAACGUCAACUCUACACUCCCAACCGGCGGCUCUACACAUCUGCCAGAAACCCUUACGGCCGUUGAGUGUCCUUCGUUAGUGUUUGCACUCGUUUUACUUUUCUGUUCUCCCUGCUGUCUGUGUGCGUGACUGCCAGGACCGACGUUUGCACGUCCGCCCGAGAAAUAGUUGUUCAGUGGUGGCAAAAACUUGCGCAUCGCGCAGGUUUUCGUUAUCGUUCAGAUUUGAAGAAGAAGAAGAAAAAAGUUUCCAACUUGUUGUUUAGAAUCGCCUAUUCCGGAAUCUAUCGACAAAACAAGACCCGAGGACCGAACAAAAAAAAAACGGGAAUUUGGUCCAAUAAAACGACAUGCACGCUAGCAACAACUUCCGAAUUGCGCUGCUGCCGCUGCUGUUGGCCGUGACGGCCCGGCUCAUCCUGUUGGACGGCGGCCAAUGCCAGGAUCAGGGCAGCAACGGCGGCGGGGGCUUGCGCUUUCCCAACCUGUUUGGCGGACUCAACAAUCCGUUUUCGCUGUCCAACCUUUUUCGCCAACAGAGGCAAAAUCCAAAUCAGCAGGUGCCACUGCCACCGCCGCCGCCUUCUCCCAUCACCUUCUCGUCCAAUCCGCAGUUUAGUCUCGUAGGUGGACAACUUUCACCGGUGGGUGGUGGUGGGCCCAAUAAUUUUCUCCAGGUACCUCCGCUGGCCUUCCAGCAGCAGUUACAACCACAGCCGGGACAGGGCCAGCCGUUUAACGCAUUCAAUCACAACGCACAAGGUGCUCCGGUGCAACAACAAUUUCAACAGCCGUUCAUCCAGCAACAGCAGCAACAACUUGGGCCGUUCAUAGCGCCCCCACCGCAACAACAACAACAGCAGCAGCAGCAGCCGCCGCUUCAAAUUUCACAGCCUAGUGAUCCGGCUUUUCAAGCCUUGCCGGUCCAGCAGCCCCAACCGCAAUUAGCUGCAGUCGCCAGUGGUUUUACACCGUCGAUUGCCUUUCAGCCUCAGCAGCCGUUCAAUGCCAACAACAACCUGGUGCCCAACAUUCUUCCUAUUGGCAACAUUCCACUGCAACCGCAUCCCACUCAGAUUCACCAGCUUCAACAGCCUCAGCAGCCUCAACAGCCCCAACAGCCCCAACAGCCCCAACAGCCCCAACAGCCUCAACAACAACAACAACAACAACAGCAGGCUCCAAGGCCGGCAGCACCGCAGCAGCAAGGCAUAGUGCCCAGUUUGCCGGGCCCCGCUCCGGGAGUCUUGCAACCAAUUGCACCCAAUCCUCCGACACCUCCAGCAGCUCCUCUGCCGGCCCAGUUCGCCCUAUCGAGCAACACCUUGCAGCACCAGCAUCACCAGCAACGGCAUUUCCUGCGCCAAGGCAAGACCAUCGUCAGCCCGCAGCCGGACAGCGUGCCCAGUAGCAGCAGCCACAGCGAGAGCGUCAUCGACUGCGGAUCCGGCAACGAUCUCGGCUUUUGUGCCACUUCGGAAAAAUAUCCAAGGAAUGUUGUGGAGGACACGAUGCACAGAUGUCACGACCAGGUGAACCUCAUGUACGCCGAAGUUCCAGAAGAUUACGAGGCUUUGGGAGAUAGUCACCAACCUGCAGGCGUCGGACCCGGACAGGAAGGAAACAACACGGGGAAAAAUCCUUUGCCUUGGUCCUGGUCGUCUUACAGGAAAGAAUCGGCCUGCGAUUCUGAGCUGCGAUUUAUCCAGCCGCAUGUGGCGCAGGAUCGACUGGGUCGCUGGCGGAUCAUCGUCCAGACGGCCGAGUUCCCCCAGCGGGUCGCCAUCGAUGUGUGUCGCAGAGUGGACGACGUCUGCAAAGUCUUCACCGACUGCGGCCGGAAAUCGCGCUGCGUCCAGCGCUACAGCUACCAGCCGCUCAUCUCGCUGGACCAGGACAAGAGACAGGCCGGCCAGUGUCCGACCAUGGCCAUUUUUCGCUUCCCGACCAGCUGCGUCUGUCACGUCGAGGUUGACAAAUCCUCGCAAAUAUUGGCGAAAUCAAACCGUCGCAGCUCCGUUAAGGCCAUUCGUCGGCCUUAAACAUUUUUUCCAGCGACAAUCUUUUUUUUCUUAACAUCAAUCCCACGUAUAUUAAAUCAAUUUUAUACAUAUUUUUUUCUUAAAAAAAAAGGAUUCUGUCUUUGACUGUGAUAGCCGCCCAGCUUCUAAAAUAUGAAUUUGAUAACAUCGACUUUUUUCUAUAUGACACUAACAUAAUAUAUCGUCUCUUUUUCUACGUUGCUGACACGAGAAAUGAUAUCAAAUAUUGGCGCACAAUCGACCUUUGAUUACUCUCGGUAUUCAAGUGGCUUCCCACUGCGCCGAUGAUGUCACUUUGAAUGAAUUUCCAUUAUCACUCCCUCAAUAAGUCAUUUUAUUCGAUUUUUAUACAGCACAUUGGCACGGAAAUUUUUUCGAGAGGGCACGAAAAAAACUUAAAAUAGUUAAAACAACGUACGAAGAAAGAGAAAGAAAAAAGUUGUUGUUCGAAUGAGAUUUCUAUUUCAUUCCAAUUGCCUUUUACCUCGUGGCUAUCUAUUUCCAUUAUUUGGCUUUCACAAACGCACGCUGUGAGCGCAAUUUCAAAAGCUCUCUAUUCCAAUCUACAUACUACAUCAAAUCGAAAAUUGUAAAAAUUUAUAAUAUUUUCAAUGUUUUCUCACCGGGUCACACGUUCAUCCUCUCGUCUGGAUAACUAGGAAAUUCCCGAACGAUUAUUUUAUUUUAUUUUUUUUUUUUUCAAAAAAAUUGUAAAUAAAAAAAGAAUCACUCCAUGAUAUCUAUUUGAUGAAUCGGUAUACACAUCUAUUUUUGUCCAUUCGAAUUGAAAUACACACUUAUCAUUUCCAGAUAGAUAAAA